CGCCUUGCCGCCAAAAUAUGGCGAACUAAGUUGAUGUUUACUUUCUCAAUUCCAUAGUUUUCUCGCGAAUUUUGAAUUGUUCUGAAGAGUUUGAAACGGAACUCGUUGCCUGGCGUGAUCUGUCAAUCUCCAGUGGGCAAUAAUGGGUCUGAAUCGCGUGUGCCAAGAGCUGCUGAAGAGCGCCCGUCUCGCGUUCGUGAAGCAGGAAUGGAGCCAGGCGGCGAACGACCUAUCGGCCUUGCUGAACGAGGUGCGUGACACCCCGACAGAAGUUGACCUGGUCAUGGCGCCGGUGCAGAUUCUCUACGCCUUCUGCAUCCUCAGACAGAUCGCCACCAAGGAAGAAAACCCUGAGGAGAAGCCUGUUGAGCGGGCACUGGCUGAUGCAGAACCUGAGGCUGCAGGGCCUUCGGGGAGCGCGGCUACUGGGCCGAGCACCUCCGCGGAACCGAGUUCGAGUUCAAAUACAGGGGCCGUCGACGAUGUUGAGGAGGAGGAAGACGACGAUGAACUGGAGGAGCCUGCCAAGUCCCUCAUGAUUGCAUGGCAGGUCCUUCUGCUGGCCAAGAGCAUCUACGAAAGGUUUCCAGAUCAAUCAAACAAACUGGAGGAAUUGCACGCCAUGCAGCUGCAAGCGGAGAUUUUAUUCCUGAACAACGACUCCCAGUGCCUCGAGUACCUGGACAAAAUCGUUGAGGAGCUAGGAAACUUUCCCUACAUCAAGGUCUGGCCCAUUAAGAUCCUGACAAUGAAGGCGGCCUAUCUGCUCAGGUUCAAGGAGGAUGUCAAGUUCGCUGAGAAUCUCAACAUAAUUUACGGCAGACUGGAGGACUCCAUGUCCGAAGUUCAACAGCCUGAAGGGCAAAAGGUGCAGAAAGUGUUUCAGCAGGUAGAAGAAGAUGUGAAAGCAAUGCACGAAGCAGAGAAGGUUGAAAUCAAGGCUCAGAAGUCAGCCAAGAAAGCGGAUGAUCUGCUGGGUCUCAGUUCACAAGAGAUGAGGAACAAAAUUGAAUCAAGGCUGCUGGCGCUGUGCAGUUCGUACUCGCUGCCGCAGGACGAGAGCGGCACUCCCAUUCCAACCAGAAUCAUAGAAGACGUCAACGAAAUCAUCGCUGACGAGUCAAUUGAGGAGAGUUCGCGGCCAUCCGCGCCUUCACGCGUAAUUGAAUCCGAGACAAUCGGCUUUGGUGCACCUAGUUCGAACGGACCUUCAGCAGCUCCCUCCAGCUCACUUUCCAUCAAAAGAAAGCAGCCAAACGCACCCCCGACGCCAGAGAAGGACAAAAAGCGGGUGACCCUGACUUCAAUUAAUGGCAAUGGGACUUCAAAUGGAAAUGGUCGGAAGCACGACUCAGAAGACGACGAAAAAGUGAACUAAUUUGUAUAAAAACUGCUUAAAGUGCAUCGAUUGUGAACCAAUUUCCUUCAUUAUAUAUAAUUUCUACCAAAUCAGGUAUUCCUGUGUAAAAAGGUAUGUAUUAUUUUUAAAAAAAUUAAAAUUGUAA